AUGCGACAACUGCCAAAGAUGCUCACCGAUCAUCCACAACUCGGCCGAGACAUUACACACGACGGAAAUCGGAUGGCCGUUUCAAAGAUGGGGGCUCGACAUACUUGGCCCCUUCCCAAUCUCCAAAGGACAGGUGAAGUUCCUGAUUGUAGCAAUCGAUUAUUUCACAAAAUGGAUAGAAGCCCAACCUCUAGCGAAAAUAACGUCAGAAAAGCAUCUUUCUUGCAUGAUUUGAAUAUAAAGCACAAUUUUUCCUCGGUGGAGCACCCACAAUCCAACGGGCUCGCCGAAGCUGCUAAUAAAGUUAUCUUGCAGGCUCUAAAGAAAAAAGUAACACUUGCCAAAGGACAAUGGGCAAAAUUGAUACCAGAAAUCCUCUGGGGUUACAACACCACCCCGCAAAGCUCAACUAAAGAGACACCAUUCAGGCUAAUGUUCGGAUCCGACGCCAUGAUCCCGGUAAAGAUAUCACAAGGCUCGGUCAGAACAACCUAUCUCGACGAGGAUACCAAUGAUCAAACUAGAGAAGCAGAGUUAGACCUAUUAGAAGAAGUACGAGAAGAGUCAAGAAUAAGACAUGAAGCAAUGCAACAAUUAACUCGGCGCAAAUACAACACAAGGGUAAGACCCCGAACACUACAGCAAGGAGACCUUGUGCUCCGACGACUGGAAGAUGUCCGAAAACCGCCAGGAGAGGGUAAGCUCGCCGCCAAUUGGGAAGGUCCUUUCAGAAUCAUACAAGUACAUGGCCGAGGUGCAUACUCGUUACAGACCUUGGAAGGAGAUAAUCUACCGAACACUUGGAACAUCACGUCCCUACGAUUGUACCAUACUUAA